AUGCACAAUCUUUACAUCUCUUUAUUUUUAACAUUUAUAUUGUUUGGAGAAGGAUAGAAAAUACAAUUUUCUUAACAAUUUAAAAGAACAACAACUUUGAAGGGUAUAUAUGACUUAACAAAUAUUAAAAUUUUUUUUUAUUCAUUAUAAAACAGAAACUAAUAAUUUGAAUUAAUAAAGAAGGAUGAUUUGUAGGAGAUACAGAGAUAAAUUUUGGAAGAUUUUGAUGAUUAUUUAAAAAAUAUGAAAAUUUAAUAGUUUUAAAAUUCAGGAAAGUUCUCAUCCAUCUUAGGCUUAGAACCUAUAAAUUAAUCUUAAAGGAAAUAAGAAUUAAAAUCUUACUUAUAUCAAUAAUUUCUGAGAGAUUACUAAUAUUAUAGGAAAAGAAAAGUAGGUUUAGCUAGAAGAAUUGUCUUUGAAGAAUAUAAUGUUAAAAAAAUGUUUGGGUUAGGCUUAAUUUAUAUUCAAGCAUCAAGUUAGGUUUCUUUGAUAUAUUUUUAAUGGAUUUAUAAAUAUGAUAAUAAAAAGGAGGUUUAUAUUCAUGGAUAAAUUAUAAAGGCUAUAAUAAUAACUUUAAAAUAUAAUUAAUUUUAAUUCAUUAAUUCAGACUUCAAAAGGUCAAUAAUAAAGAAAAUUAACAUCAUUUAUGGUCUUAAUAAAAUAACUAGAAUUAUAUAAUACUAAGACAUAAACAAAGAUAUUAACUCAGAAUAGUAAAAUAUAUUAUAAGAUGAAAAAUAAUUCAAACAUAAUUUUAUAAAUUGA